UAUUAAAAUCCUAAACUUUUAACCUCAAAACUGCAGCGGUAACAAUUCAAGGUCACUAUUUAUUUAACCACGACUAACAAACUAAAAUACUCCGCUAACAUGCUUCACCGUCGAGUAGACGUGACCGCCGCGUUGCUGUUGAUGCUGCUGCUCGCGCAAGCUCCCCACACAACCGACGGCCUCAAGUGCUACAUUUGCAACAACUGCAGGAAGUUCGAGCUCAGCCAGUCUCGGACGUGCCCACCCGAGCAGGAUAAAUGCAUGAAAAUGGACAUGGAGACUGGGCAAGUCCAGCGGAACUGCGGCACCGAGACCAUGUGUAAUAACAGCGACAGAGAGAUGAGGACUCGCUACACAUCAGUUAACUGCUGCAGCGAGGACAACUGCAACAAGGCUGCAACUGCAGCAAGCCCCUUGCUUUCUGCAGCCUUGCUGCUGCCGCUGCACGUUCUCUUCGUUCGCUGUCAGUUCUCGGCCUAAGCCAGGGUUGCCAGAUGAGGGCAAGAAAAAACGGCCAAAUCCACUCCCGAAAAAGGCCAAAACCGGCCACCAUUUAACGUUCAGUUUGAAAUUUCUGAUUCGCGAUGAAAGUUUUGGACUUUUUUUUUCACUAAAAAAUACAAUAAAUUUAAGGUCAUCGUAAAUUUUUGCCGCCAACGCAAUUUACAAAGACCCAAAUCGUCGAAUAUUCGGCCUGGAAAAAGACCAUCUUAUCACCCUGCCUCCAGACCCUGUCGGCAGUUGGACAGCUGGCUUCAUUUGUUCAUAUUAUUUCGAGUCGCUGCGCAACGAAAGUGUGUUGUCUGGUACAUCGUUUUUAUUAAGUGAUUGUUGUAAUGGAACGUACUGCUGCUGCUAUUAUUAACACUUUUGUGCUUUAUAAAUCAACAGUCACUGUUAUUAAGUGUGCUACAAUUGCUGCUCAGUUGUUACGUGCAGCGCUGUAAUUGCUGCUCAGUUGUUACGUGCAGCGCUGUAAUUGCUGCUCAGUUGUUACGUGCAGCGCUGUAAUUGCUGCUCAGUUAUUACGUGCAGCGCUGUAAUCGCUGCUCAGUUGUUACGUGCAGCGCUGUAAUUGCUGCUCAGUUGUUACGUGCAGCGUGAGCAGCGCUGUAAUUGCUGCUCAGUCACACAAAUGAUUCUUUGUCCAGGUUGCGAUACAAUUUUUACCCUCUGCAUGGGUCAUCUUGGCCCGGCAAAAGUGCGUAUCAGGGCUACGUGCUUCGAUUAAAAAAGUGUGCUACCAUUUGGACAACAUGACACUUUCAUUACUUCGAGUGCAGUCAUUAAUGCAACUAGGAACGCCCCCACCGCUCGCCCUCGCGUUAGACGCUGUGUAGUGUAAUGAUCUCCCGUGCCGAGCUUCAAUUAAGAUGAUUAACACAAUUACUUUAAUUGAACGAAAAUGAACACUUAAAUUACUAACAUUGGAACAAAGUUAAAUAGAACAUGGAUUUAGAGCACGAUUUCAAGGCACAGAACUGUAUUUUCAUUCAUGUUCUUAGAGCUCAUCAUAGAACAUACAAUAGAUCCACACAACACAGUAAUAGAGUUCCGUUUACACGAACAUCGAAUUUUUAAGAUCAUAACUCCUUGUGGAAUUCUAUCCUGGUUGACUUCUCCCUACAUCAACAAAAUAAAAUUUACAAUCAGUCGGAUAAUUUCCCUAAUAGCUAUCUCACAUAGUAUCAGCAAACAGAUAAUACGAGUAAAUACAAUAUUGAAAUAUAAAAUAAUGACAGAACAUCUCAACAUCUCUAGAAUAUUUCGCAUACCUCUGCAGUUGUCUGAAUUCGUACGCUGCUACAGGAUCAUCAACACCUUUAACCUAAUUCUACCUUCCGCAUGUUGGUUACUUUUGUUUGUUCUUCUUCUCACUCUGUUUCCCGAAGUACUCCUGAAUGUUCAGCUAGGAUCUCUACAUCUAGUCAUGUGAUCGUAUAUAUAAUAAGAGGAGUACCACGCUGUAAUAAAGAUUGUUCAAUUAUCAAUAAACUAA